CCAUUUAUAUCACACCUACAUACCCCUCUCUCUCUCUCCCCUCCUGAGUCCAUUCAUCCUCACCUUCUCCCCCCUCUGUCCCCUUUCUUUGGUGAGACCCCUUUUCCUUCUCUCUCCUCCUUCAAGGGGUCGCCCCUCUCUCUCUCUCUCUCUCUCUCUCUAUCUAAAAACUCAAAACCCAGAAAAAGAUCCAGAAGAUGUCGGAGAUGGCACAGACAGAUCCAGAGGGAAUUGACGGAGUUCGCAUGACAUGGAACGUUUGGCCUCGCACAAAAGUGGAGUCAAGCAAGUGCGUGAUCCCAAUCGCCGCCUCAAUUUCUCCGAUCCGAUCCCACCCCGACAUCCCCACUCUCCCCUACGCGCCGCUGCGCUGCAAGACUUGCUCCGCCGUCCUCAACCCCUUCUGCCGCGUCGACUUCGCCGCCCUCAUCUGGAUCUGCCCCUUUUGCUUCCAACGCAACCACUUCCCCCACCACUACUCCGCCAUCUCCGAAACCAACGUCCCUGCCGAGCUCUACCCCCAAUACACCUCCAUCGAAUACUCUCUCUCCGACCCUUCUUCGUCUCCGAUCAAUCCUCCUGUUUUUUUGUUCCUUCUUGAUACUUGCGUCAUCGAGGAGGAAUUAGGAUUUGCCAAAUCCGCGUUGAAGCAAGCGAUCGGCUUGUUGCCUGAUAAUGCGUUGGUUGGGUUUAUUUCUUUUGGGACUCAAGUUCAGGUUCAUGAAUUAGGGUUUUCGGAUAUGUCCAAGGUUUAUGUUUUUCGGGGUUCCAAGGAAUUGUCCAAAGAUCAGGUUUUGGAUCAGUUGGGGCUUGGAUUGGCCGGUCGGAGGACUGGGCCGGGGUUUCAGAAGGGGGGACAGAGCGGGUUUUUGGCCAAUUCGGGGGUUACGAGGUUUUUGUUGCCUGCUUCGGAAUGUGAAUAUACUCUCGAUUCGCUGUUGGAUGAGUUGGGCACAGAUCAGUGGCCUGUGGCACCAGGUAACCGGGCAUUGAGGUGCACUGGAGCGGCAUUGAGCAUUGCAGGGGGUUUGCUUGGAGCUUGUUCAGCUGGCACUGCUGCUAGAAUUAUAGCUUUGGUGGGCGGUCCAUGCACGGAAGGGCCAGGCACCAUUGUAUCAAAAGAUCUGUCGGAUCCAGUGCGUUCCCAUAAAGAUCUUGAUAAGGAUGCAGCUCCAUAUUUUAAAAAAGCAGUCCAAUUUUAUGAGGAACUUGCAAAGCAACUGGUCAGCCAGGGUCAUGUUUUAGACCUUUUUGCUUCCGCACUCGAUCAGGUUGGAGUUGCAGAGAUGAAGAUUGCUAUUGAAAGAACUGGUGGCCUUGUUGUUCUAGCAGAAAGUUUCGGUCAUUCUGUUUUUAAAGACUCAUUCAAACGUGUUUUUGAAGAUGGGGAACAAUCUAUUGGCCUCUCCUUCAAUGGCACACUUGAGAUCAAUUGUUCAAAGGAUAUUAAAAUUCAGGGGAUCAUUGGACCUUGCACAUCUUUGGAGAAGAAAGGACCAGCUGUUGCCAAUACAGUCAUAGGACAGGGAAACACUACAUCCUGGAAGAUGUGUGGCCUCGACAAAAGUAUUUGCUUGACCGUUUUCUUUGAUAUUUCAUCUAGUGAAAAGCCAGACCCUUCAGGAAAUUUAAAUCCAAUGUUAUACAUACAGAUCCUUACAAGUUACCAAGUUCCUGAUGGUCAAACAAGGCUGCGAGUUACAACCAUUAGUAGAAGAUGGAUAGAUAGUGCUGCUAGCUCAGAGGAAUUAGUUCAAGGAUUCGAUCAGGAAGCUGCUGCUGUAGUGAUGGCAAGAUUAACUUCUCAUAAAAUGGAGAUAGAGGAAGGGUUUGAUGCCACACGGUGGUUGGAUAGGAAUCUUAUUCGUCUGUGUUCCAAAUUUGGUGACUACCGGAAGGACGAUUCAACGUCUUUUACAUUAAACCCAUGUUUUUCAUUGUUCCCUCAGUUUAUGUUCAACCUGCGGCGGUCACAAUUUGUGCAGGUUUUUAACAAUAGUCCAGAUGAGACGGCCUAUUUUCGCAUGUUGUUAAACAGGGAGAAUAUAACAAAUGCUGCGGUCAUGAUUCAGCCAUCACUUAUAUCAUAUUCCUUCAAUUCACUGCCCGCACCAGCUUUGUUGGAUGUGGCUUCCAUAUCAGCCGAUCGCAUCCUCUUGCUGGAUUCUUAUUUCAGCAUAGUUAUUUUUCAUGGAAUGACAAUAGCUCAGUGGCGGAACAUGGGUUACCAGAAUCAGUCUGAACACAAGGCAUUUGCACAGUUAUUGCAAGCUCCUCACGAUGACGCUCAAAUGAUCAUCCAGGACCGUUUCCCUGUCCCAAGAUUGGUCAUCUGUGAUCAGCAUGGUUCCCAGGCAAGAUUCUUAUUAGCAAAGUUGAACCCAUCAGCUACAUAUAGUAACGCUCAUGAGAUGGCUGCUGGGACAGAAAUGAUCUUCACAGAUGAUGUCAGUCUUCAAGUUUUCUUCGAGCAUCUUCAGAGGCUGGCUGUGCAAUCUUCUUGAGUUGAGACCACAGAUAGAGUUGGAGAUUUAGUGGCUCAUAUAUGGGUUUUCUUUGUUUUGUGAAAAUUCCUGAGUGCAAGAAUUCUAUCCCCCUCUUGUAUCCUCUCAUUCUAUUAAGAUCAUCUAUGCAAUUUCUUUCCCACCAUUAAAUGAGAUGAGAGGUCAGACCCCAACUUUAUUCAGACAAUAAGGAAAGAGCGUGUCAUUCUUUGGACGUGUUGGGGCGGUAUUUGCUUCCUUGAAAGAAAUAAGGGACAAAAGGUUAGUGAAUUUUGAGUUUGUGUAUGGGAGAAAAAGAUAGGAUGAGAAUGUAAGUUAAAAGGGCAACUCUGCUCAAGCAGCUGUUUUUUAUUUUUUAUUUUAUUUUUAUCCAUUGUUAUAUUUCAAUUUUUGUAUGCCACACCCAGGUUAGUAGUUUUUCUUCUUCAAGGUAUAUUGGAAUAUUUUUAAGUGUUAUAUACUCACAUGGAGCCUCAUCUCAGCUCCUAGGUUUGAAAAUUUUUACAAA